AUGUCUCAUACAAUAUCGGCGUAUAUUUUCCAGGCAGUUUGUCAGCAUGGAGGAAGUUUGGAUUUUAAAACUUUGGAUCAGACCCUGCGGAAACAUUUCACAGUAGCAGAUGAAGUGCUUCGAGAAGCUCUCUGUGAGUCUGACAGGUUGGUGGUGGUGGAAGGCCGUGAGAAAAGAGCAGACUGUGAGGUUUUCAGUGCUGACACUGUGAUCAUGGCUAAAACAUCACUGAGAGUUUGUCAGACACUCCCUGGGAAGUGUGCUGGCUGUGAAACUCUGCACCUUUGCAGGUAUUUGAUUUGUGGGAACUGCAGGUUCAGGGAAAAAUGCAAAAACUCCCACGCCUUGAAUUCCUCUCAUAACUCGGCACUCCUGAGCAAAGUUCGACUCCAGCAACUUGGACAGUCUGAACUUUUCCAGCUAUUGCUGCAGAAUGACCCAUAUCUCCUGCCAGAGGUUUGCACCCACUAUAACAAAGGGACUGGAGAACAUGGAAGCUGUAGGUAUAAUGCGUCCUGCACCAACCUGCACGUCUGCCAGCACUUCCUACAGGACAACUGUAAAUUCGGUGCCACGUGCAAAAGAGCUCAUUCAUUUGAUGCCACUGCUGUGAAAAUUCUUAAUGGCAGAGGACUCAGCCCAGAAAACAUCGCCAACUUCCACAAGUUUUACAAAAACAGGUUUUUGAUCUGUUCUUAUCAGGAAAAGCCACCUGGUCCACAUUGUCUGGCUAAAACAGUCAGUCCCGGAACAGUAUCUUUAGCUGCUGGGGAAAGUCCAAAGCCUGUAAAUGAACCUGACCCAAAUGAGAUUUGCCUUUUCUUCAUUCGCAGAGGUUGCAGCUUUAAAGAGAAGUGUGUCCGUGUUCAUUACCACUUGCCAUAUAAAUGGCAGAUUUUAGAUAAGAAUGGACAGGCAUGGAAAGACUUGCCAAAUGGAGAAGCAAUUGAGAGAGCCUUCUGUAAUCCAGCUAAUGAAGUGAGUCCAGGGCCUGAGAUUGUUAACUUCAUCUCCAUGACAUGUGGACAUAGACAAGUUCGCCGUCUGUCCACAGCAUCAUCUGUUACCAAACCCCCUAACUUCAUCCUGACCACUGAGUGGCUCUGGUACUGGAAAAAUGAAAAAGAAAAAUGGAUUGAGUAUGGACAGGGGGUGGAUGCACAGCUGGCUACUCCUCUCACCUCUCAGACACUAGAGAAUGUUUACCAGUCGGAUCCGCAGAGUGAAAUUCCUGUCAGUUCUGAAAGACAUAAAUACGUGCUGUACUUGAAAGACAUGUAUCAGCAAAACCUUCUGUACCAAACAAAAAGAGAUAUUCGGAGGAGGCCACGAUUUGUCUCUGCUCUAGAGGUUGAGAGCAAGCUAAAAAGUGAAAGUUCCAGCUCUUCCUCCGUGGCAGUUCCUGCUCACUGGGAUAGAGGAGCUUUACCCAGCUUCUCAUACAAGCUGGUUCCCCUACCUAGUACCGAGGCUGAAUUCCUGAUGGUAGAGAAGCUCUUUAAACAGACCAUGCCAAAGUACAACAUCAACAGCAUUGAGAGGAACCAGAACAGCUCUCUGUGGAAGGUUUUCCAGUGGCAGAAAGAGCAGAUGAAGGAGCGGAAUGGAGGGAGAGAUGUGGAUGAGAGACUUUUGUUUCACGGCACAGAGCAAUCUCUAAUAGAGGCCAUCUGUGAGCAGAACUUUGACUGGAGAAUUUGUGGAGUGAAUGGCACAUUAUAUGGAAAAGGAAGUUAUUUUGCCAGAGAUGCCUCCUAUUCUGAUAAAUACUCUCAGUCUGCAGACAGCAGCAAAAAGAUGUUUGUAGCACGGGUUCUGGUGGGUCACUACACCAGUGGCCACGGUAGCUUUGUCCGUCCUCCUGCUAAAACCAUGGGCAAAGGCUUCUAUGACAGCUGUGUGGACAACUGCAGCAAUCCAAGCAUUUUUGUCGUCUUUGAGAAGUUCCAGAUUUACCCUGAAUUCAUAAUAGAAUAUGCGCCUGAGGAGUCCAAAUGUUUGAUUUCAUAAAUAUCUGUAGAGUAUCAAAUUUUAUUACAUUUAAAGUAUGGAAUAUACAGUAAAGCACUUAUAAUGAAGGAAUUAGUAUCCAGUUUAGUACACUUUUCUUAUAGCUGCAAUAUUACACUUAUCAUAGAUGUUGAAUGGAUGUCGACAACCAAUAGCAUGAGUAUUAUAUGAUUUAAAAGCAUAUGUGCUGAUGCAUGCAUUUGUUCUGUAAAGAUGAAGGAAGAUGACUGGUUUAGUCAGUAAAUAUUAUACUCAACAAUAAAAGAAACGUCCUCUCACAUUCAGCUACUUUUAUUUCCAGCAUUGUUAACGUGUAAAUAUUUGUAUUAACAUAAAAAAAAAUGCAAGAACUGAACAAGUUUAACAGACAUUUGAUGAACAGAAAUGGAAUGAU